AUGUUGUGGGCCCCACCUGCGCGGGGCCACCAUGGCAUGUUGCUGACGUCAUCUGUGCUCCUCAAUCCACAGAUAUUGUGAGGUCAGACAGAUGAGAGAUGGAAAGCAUGUGGGAGCCGCCGUCCGUGGAGGUCCCUCAUUGGUCAACUUUGUCAGGUAAAUGUGGACAAAAGGCUUCCAAUCAGACGUUCGCACGUUGCGCGCAUCCUACGUGGGCUAGUCAGUUGCCUCAUUCCGCGCCGCGUGGCAAUCCAUUUAAAUACCUCUAUAAGCCCUUCGGAUAGGCACAUCUCACUGAGGGUCCUCUUUCUCGUGGAAGUCGUCGUGGUGGGAAGGAGAGACAUGGCGAUGAGGAGAGCACUCGGGAAGGCGAGGGGAGCUCUGGGAUCUGGUUAUCCGGCGAGCUACCUCUCGCGGCAGCUCCACGUAUGUGAUUGAUUCAUGCCAUUGGUUUUUUCUCCUGUGUUUGAUUUCGUUAUCGGUUGUCUGCCGCCAUGGAUGAUGAUUUCCCUUCGAUUUAGCUGUUGUUCUUCCUUCCCGCUUUCUCUUAGGGUUGGCUUCCUUCCGAUGGCAUGAGUGAGUGCCGUCCUGUCUGAGAAUCACUCUUGGAAGAUGGCACGCUUUCGUUGUCCGAUCUGUGUGGUCCGGUGAUGGCAAAUUUUCGCUUCCACUUUUUUGAAUCUUAGGAGCCGAUCCUCAACUGCAGCGGUUCUCGAUCCCGAUUUGACGUGUUUCGAUGCCGUCCUGAUCUCCUGGAAUAGCUCGAUUUUGAUUAGCCUGGUGAAUAAUUACGAAGCGCUUGAUCCGAUCCGCUCCGCAUUUUCUCCCAAGGAGAUAUAGUACUGGUUGUUGUGGAGGUAGUUUGAUUCCUUGCCUUCGCAGGCCACUCCCGGGAGCAAGAAGAUCGUCGGUGUGUUCUACAAGGCCAAUGAGUACGCAUCGAUGAACCCUAACUUUCUCGGAUGUGCCGAACGGAGCUUGGGGAUAAGGGAAUGGUUGGAAUCGCAAGGUCAUCAGUACAUCGUCACUGAUGACAAGGAAGGCCCUAACUGUGGUCGGUUAAGUGUUCCAACGCACCUAGGUUUUUCUCGACCUUCGUCUUCCUCUCUGAUCCACACUCUCUGAUGAUCCCUUCCGAGCAGAGCUUGAGAAGCACAUCUCAGAUAUGCACGUCCUGAUUACGACGCCAUUCCACCCGGCCUACGUCACGGCGGAGAGGAUCAAGAUGGCGAAGAACCUGCAGCUGCUCCUCACCGCCGGGAUCGGAUCGGAUCACAUCGAUCUGAGGGCAGCGGCGGCCGCCGGACUGACGGUGGCGGAGGUCACUGGCAGCAAUGUGGUAUCUGUUGCAGAGGACGAGGUCAUGAGGAUCCUCCUCCUGGUCCGCAACUUCGUCCCCGGAUACCAGCAGAUCGUCAAGGGGGAGUGGAACGUCUCCGGGAUCGCUCAUAGAGCCUACGAUCUGGAAGGAAAGACGGUCGGUACUGUAGGCGCCGGCCGCAUUGGGAAGCUUCUGCUCCAGCGAUUGAAGCCUUUCGGCUGCAACCUCCUCUACCAUGACCGGUUGAAGAUGGAGCCCGAUUUGGAGGCGGCGACGGGGGCCAAGUUUGAGCCAGACCUCGACGCCAUGCUCCCCAAAUGCGACGUCGUCGUCGUCAACACUCCCCUCACUGAGAAAACCAGGUAACUCCUCCCCAACCAGAUCCACAGCGAGAGAGAGAGAGAGAGAGAGAGAGAAGCUACCAUGGUUCUGCAGGUUGAAUUCGAUUUGCAGGGUUUUGCAGGGUUUUUAGAGAUGUAUGCGAUUUGAUUUGACAGGCAAACGCCAGAAAAAUCAAGUGAGAGUUGGAGUUGACUCGCCUAAUUUGUGGGCGUGGAAUCAAGAACUGGCUGAUCUUCUUGCACCUGCUGACUAAUCUUUCCCCUGCGUACCAGGGGAUUGUUCGACAAGGAGAGAAUCGCCAAGAUGAAGAAGGGGGUUCUCAUCGUCAACAACGCCCGAGGAGCGAUCAUGGACACUCAGGCUGUUGCAGACGCUUGCGUCAGCGGACACAUCGCAGGUCAAUCCUCCUCUCCCCUCCCCUCCCCUCCCCUCCCCUCACCGCCGCCGGCUCACCGCCGCCGGCCGGAACCAGCAGCAAUCGGUCGACAUCUGACUGGAGAUGGCGGCGCCCGCAGGUUACAGUGGAGACGUGUGGAACCCGCAGCCAGCUCCCAAGGACCACCCAUGGAGGUACAUGCCCAACCACGCCAUGACCCCCCACAUCUCCGGAACCACCAUUGACGCUCAGGUAAGUCUCCUCCUCCCUCCCUCUCCUCUAUCUAUCUCACCACCUUCAUCGAAAGAUAUGUCCGGUAAGCAAUGAACUGCUGCUGCUACUGCUGCUCAUUUUUCCGCUGGAAUUGGAAUGGAGCAGGUGAGGUAUUCUGCGGGAGUGAAGGAGAUGCUGGACUGCUACUUCAAGGGGAAGGACUUCCUCCCCCAGAACUACAUCGUGAAGGAAGGCCAGCUGGCUCCCCAGUACCUCUGA